AUGGACGAUUACAUGUUCAAGUAUUUUGUGGAUGAGUGUCGCGUUGUGGAGGAGAAGACGAGCUAUAUUGAGAUUUUCAAUUACUCUGACCCGUUUUACAACUCAGUCGAGGAGCAUCCGCUGCCCAUGUCCGAGUUUGAGAAUUUUCUGAAUCAAAGGGGUGCUUUUGAGCCGCCACAGAAGAUGCGUGAAGGAACCAAACUCCUGAGCGGCAUUCGACUCCUUAUCCAAAAAGAUGCUCAGCACAAGGACACAUUCAUGCCCAAGGUCAUCUCUCUACCGAAAGAAAAGUACAUGUACAUGGUAAGGACAAUGAAGCUGCCCUUCCGAGGCAUAGAAACGUCGUCUGUGGUUGGGCCGUUUUUCUGGUGUGCGUACGAUCAGGAUGAUGAUGACCCGCAUCUACAAAUCGUACACCGGAAAUCAGAUGUCCGCAAAAAGGGCAAAACCCGGGGCUGGGAGAUGAUGCUGUCCUACUCAUUCAAAAGCGGCAUUACCACGGGCUUCAUGAAGGGCACUCCCAGCUCAGAUAUCAUUCAAGCGCUCAAGCAUCUACGGGAGUGCUAUGGUCAAGUCGGCCACCCGAUGCUCCUACCGACCAUCAUCCUCUCGCACGAUCUCUCGCCUGCCAACGACCAGAAGCAACGUGAUGCGCGUGACUGGCUACGUCGGCUGGAGAAUGCAGUGAGCUUGCGCGACGAAGUUGAGCCGGAAGAGCAGUAUUUCCAGGAUGGAAUCCUGUCUAUUGACGGGCUGAAUCGCGACCUGGUGGAGUGCCAUAGCCAUGUUAUGUGGAAGCGGCCUCAGGCUUACUUUGCGCUGGUGCGAGAGAUGGAGCUGUCGAUGGAACGGUUCAAAGUUUUAUGGAACGACUGGAAGAAGGAUUUCCUGACGGACGAGGAGAUUGCGCAUAGGAAGACGAUCGAUCAGCUGCACAGGAGCAUGAUGGCCCGGAUGGAGUUUUACAGGGUUAAGCUCAAGGGGUUGGAGAAUUAUAUCCACACUACGCUGGAGAGGCUGAAAGUGCAGCGAGAAGCGCGAGAGGCGCGACUCAACCUCGAAAUUGCCGGAGAGCAGCGUCGGAUCGCACAUGCAAGCAAGCGGGACAGCACAGCCAUGAAGACUAUAUCUUUGAUGGGCGCGCUCUUCUUGCCGGGCACCUACCUCGCUUCUGUCUUUAGCAUGACGUUUUUCAACUUUCAAUCUGGAGCCGAUCCCGUCAUCUCCAACUGGCUCUGGGUCUACUUCAUCAUCACCGUCCCCUUGACCAUCCUCAUCGUCGGAUCCUGGAUCUGGUACGACCGCCGCAAGGAAGCCCGCUACGCAGACCUCGACAAAGAGCUGGAGGGCGACAUUGAGCAGAUGGAAGUCAGCAUCAUGAAAUCGCUCCGUAGGAGGACGAUGAGCAAAGCGAAUACCUGGAACUCGACCAUCAGCCCUGCGCCAUAG